CGGCCGUGACACGACAAGGCAUACGCCAGACAUCACGAGAGCCCCAACCUGAAUCAUGGGUCCUUCGGCAAACUUUCCUUGUUUUUGUACCUUCCUCUUACUAACGAUCGUGCAGUGUUAUGCAGCCAAGAUUGCUGUCGUCCUUUUCCCUAAUGGUGUGAGUCACUACUUUAUGAUCGAGAAAAUCGGCAAUGUUUUAGAAUCUCGAGGUCAUGAGGUGACCUAUGUGAUGUGUUCUAUGGAUCCAAUAAUUGUAGGCGCCAAGGUUAAUAAACUAAUYUACGACACUCCAUACCCAUCAGAUCAUCUCAUCAAAGACAGCGCAAUAGUGGCACUUAAGAAAGGUUUUCUUGACACAUCCGACAUUGGUCGGUUUAUAAUUCUUCUCCGCAAUAUUUGUGACUCACUUCUACUUAAUGAAGAAAUCAUGGCUACUUCGGCAAACUUUCCUCGUUUUUGUACCUUCCUCUUACUAACGAUCGUGCAGUGUCAUGCAGCCAAGGUUGCUGUUGUCCUAUGGCCAAAUGGUGUGAGUCACUACUUUAUGAUCGACAAAGUCGGCAACGUUUUAGAAUCUCGAGGUCACGAGGUGACCUAUGUGAUGUGCUCUAUGGAUCCAAUAAUUGUAGGCGCCAAGGUUAAUAAACUAAUCUACGACACUCCAUACCCAUCAAAUCAUCUCAUCGACAAAGCAACAAGUAUAGCAUUCAAGAAGGGUUUUCCUGACAUAUCUGACAUUAGUGGGAUGAUAAGUGUUAUCCGCAAUAUUUGUGACUUCCUUCUACUGGAUGAUGGCUUGCUUUCAAAGCUCAGAGGAUAUGACCUGGUGUUUGCGGACAAUUCUUUUCAUGGGUGUGGACAACUAGUCCAGCGGAAAGUAGGGAUACCAUUCAUAGUGGAUUUCUCUGCCUGGGGAUUAAACUAUGAUGUUUUUAAUUUUCAUUACGGUGUUCCUUGGCCAGUGUCGUACAUUCCUGGUGACUUCAUACCCUCAUCUACACAGAUGUCGUUUCUUCAGCGUGUCAGUAAUCUACUUCUUUUUGGUUUUACUCGACUUAUGGGUUCAUAUUUCAGUCACUUUGGAGUURGUUCUCUAAAGCACAAGCAUAACAUUGCCCCAGAAAAAUCUUUUAYCYAGUUGAUUCAGGAGACAGAUCUGCUUCUAWUGCCUKUGGAUUGGGCUUUGGAAUGGUCUCGGCCUCUGCCACCAAUGGCUUGGUUGCCACAGAAUGACAUUCUUGGACACCCACAUCUGAGGUUGUUCAUGACACAUGGAGGUGCCAACAGUGUGCAAGAGGCAGCAUAUCAUGCUGUUCCUCUUCUGAUUACACCGCUAUGGGGAGAUCAGUUUAGUAAUGCACAAAAGAUCCAAGCUGCAGGAAUGGGGUCCUCCAUUGACAUCGGUGUUAAUGCUGAAUAUACUGCUGAGAAUAUAGUGGAACUUAUCAAUGAAUUGAUACAAAAUAGCAAUUUGCCAUUCUACCAGUACUUUUUGUUAGAUGUAGUUUUGUUUUUAUUGGUUGUUGUAGUACUGGUUGUGUACAUCUUAAURGGGUUUUGUAAGUGUUUGAAGAAGAUUUGUUCUAAAGCAGAUAAAGAAAAAAUUCAAUAAUGUAUACUUCCCAAAUUCUUGAG